CCCCCACCACGGCGGCCGCGCCUGCUCGACUUGCCCCCGACACGAUCCCCAACCCUCUCGGCUCUCGCGGCACCAGUCCAGAGAAGCUCCCACACGCCCUCCGGAGAGCGGCGAGAGAGCUCAAGGUUUCGAGCCCCCGAUCACAUCUAGCCGGCGGUCGAGGAGAAUGCCUCGCAAAGUUGUAUCUGGGCCUGACUAUGAUGAUGAUUACGAUGACUAUGAUGAGUAUGAUGAUGAUUAUGAUGAGUAUGAUGACACAAGAUAUGGCAACGAUCAACAUCCUGUUCAGAAGGGAAAAGAAUCAUUGAAGAAGUCCUCAACUAUGGUGCCCGUGCAUUGGACGUGUUCCAUGUGCACAUUCAAUAAUCAUGAAAGCAUGACGUACUGUGAGAUGUGUGGGGUUUUCCGUGAAACCUUUAUCAAAUCUGCCAAGGAUGGUUCAUUAAAAGAUGCAGUCAACGCAGCGUCAAGUGAGCCUAGGGCAUGUGCUGCACCAAAAACAGAUUCUGCCAAGACGCCAAUGAAGACUCGUGGUGUACAUUCUGAUGGUGAUUCUGCGAGAAAGCAUGCUAAUACGUCAUGUGAUAAAGCCAAUUCCACACAGUUACCAUCUGCUGGUAGCUCAUUAGGUGCUGAAAAAAAGAAGAAAAUUCCUGUAGUUUCUGAUGAAAUACCUGUGGAAAGGACAGCUCUAUCGGUCCCUGAUCAUUUUCAGCUGAAGGAUGACAAGAGUGGUGGGGCUAGCAGUUCGUCACAGAAUGAUUAUGUGACCCAGAAACUCUCUUCUGACAUAAGCCAGCUAAAUGUAGACAAGAACAAUGUGAAUGUUACAAAACCUUGUUUGCCUGAAGAGUAUAAGCCUGAGAAGUGGAUGUUAGCUGAUCAGGAGUCAGGGGUGCUGAGCCAACUAAACCUUGCAAUAGUGGGUCAUGUUGAUUCUGGCAAGUCGACACUAUCUGGGAGAUUACUGCAUCUAUUAGGAAGGAUAUCGAGAAAAGAUAUGCACAAGAAUGAGAAGGAGUCGAAAGAGAAAGGGAAGGGAUCAUUUGCUUUUGCAUGGGCCAUGGAUGAGAGCAGUGAAGAAAGGGAACGAGGUGUGACAAUGACAGUAGGUGUGGCCUAUCUGGAGACGAAGAAAUACCGUGUGGUUUUGCUUGACUCACCUGGCCACAAAGAUUUUGUGCCAAAUAUGAUAUCUGGUGCAACACAAGCUGAUGCAGCUAUUCUUGUGGUUGAUGCUUGCAACUUCAAAGACUCAGCUAUUACCUGGAUUCCUCUUAGUGCUGUAGAAAAUCAAAAUUUGAUCAAACCUCCUUCGGAUGCUCGUUUGACUUCCUGGUAUCAGGGGUUCUGUCUCUUGGAUGCUAUUGAUUCCCUGCAGCUUCCUUCUCGGGAUGUUACAAAGCCCCUCAUUCUUCCAAUCUGUGAUGUUAUCAAGUCUCAGUCAACAGGGCAGUUGGCAGCUUUUGGAAAAUUGGAAACCGGGGCUAUUCAAAAUGGUUCUAAGGUGUUAGUUUUACCUUGCAGGGUAGAGGCGACAGUGAAAAACAUUGAGCGGGACACUAAUUCAUGCAGCAUAGCAAGAGCUGGUGACAAUGUGGCGGUUAGUUUACAGGGUAUUGAUGGGAAUCAACUAAUACCUGGCGGGGUGCUUUGCCACCCUGGUUUCCCUGUGGCUGUAGCUAACCGCUUGGAGCUUAAGAUUCUAGUCCUGGAUAUUGCCAUUCCAAUUCUUGCUGGUUCUCAGGUGGAGUUUCACAUACAUCAUGUCAAGGAGGCCGCAAAAGUAACAAAAAUCAUUGCUUUGCUUGACAAGACUGGGAAACCAAGUAAAUCAGCACCUCGAUUUCUUAAAUCAAAACAGAACGCUGUUGUUCAGGUUACACUCGAUGGGGCAGUCUGCGUUCAGGAAUUCUCCAAGAGCCGAGCACUUGGGAGGGCAUACUUAAGGUUGUCUGGUCGCACAAUCGCUGUUGGUGUAGUUAAUCGGGUAAUUGGCCAAGAUGAGAACUAGAAGACUUCUACUCUUCUGAAACCUGAACCGAAUCAGUCGUUCCUAGGAUGUAGAGACCCCAUCAGAAUCCUGGUGCUGGCAAGUUUUGUUUUCUGUUUGCUUUAUCGGCAUUAUCGCCAUUCCAAUGUAUUGAGAUAUGGCUGUAAGGUGGUCACAGAUGAGCUUUUUGUUCCGACCCUCGUCGAUGCAAAAGUGCCAGGGAAUCUCUGAAAAUGCUGAAUUCAUGACUAUUGAACUGACAGGUAUAUACUAGUUA